CAGAUGGCCUUUGGGGUCCCCGGUCCCAACUCUGGGAUUCAUUAAACCCUGCCUGGGGAUUUUGCAAACGAGCCUCUUUUCCGUUGACGAGGAUCGCUAUGGAGACGACAAGCAAGCAAACAAACAAAACAACGGCAAGCGGAGGAGCAGUUAAGGGAGAAGACGGAGAGAAGGACGAGAUCGAAAGCUCGAUUACGGGGAUCCGUCAUUACUAAUCGAAUAGGGAAAAACCGACAAUGGAAGCCAUGGCGAAGCUGAGGGGCAAGUGCUUGGAAAGAGGGGCCUCGGGCAUCAAGGGCCUGGCCAGGUUUUUCCGCAUCCUGGACGACAACGGGAGCCGUUCGCUGGACCUGGAGGAAUUCCGGAAAGGCCUGGCCGAGGCCGGGGUGGCCCUGGAGGCGGGAGAAGCCGAAGAGGUUUUCCGCCUCUGCGACAAAAACAAGAGCGGGACCCUCGACUUCGAGGAGUUCCUGGAAGCCCUGCGGCCCCCCAUGUCCAAGGCCCGGACGGAGAUCAUCGGGGCGGCCUUCCGCAAGCUGGACCGGACGGGCGACGGGGUGGUGACGGUGGAGGACCUGCGGGGGGUCUACGACGGGCGCCGGCACCCCAAGUUCCGGAGCGGGGAGUGGAGCCAGGAGCAGGUCUUCCGGGCCUUUCUGGACAGUUUCGACUCCCCCAACGACAAGGACGGGAAGAUCACGGCUGAAGAGUUCCUCAACUACUACAGCGGCGUUAGCGCCUCCGUCGACAGCGACGACUACUUCGUGGAGAUGAUGAAGGCGGCCUGGAAGUUGUAGUGCGGACGCGUCCCUGGAAAGUAGAACAAAGUGAGCUUAGCACGGGUUGCCUCUGGAGUACGACCGUUUUUCUGUUAUACGUAAAUAAAGCGCAACAGCC